UUUUUUUCUCCUUUGUGUUCAACGGGUCCUUUGUCAGAUCAGACAAGCGACAUCAUAGUCCUAACACGUUUACAACAGUAGGACUUUGAAGAAAGGUCGGGAAUCCAACACUUGCACCCUUCAACGUCUGUGGAAGUCAGGAAUCCAACCAUGAAGCUCAUCCACACAGCACUGCUUCUUGUCUGCUGCAUCCUCGUCACACAAGCCAUUGAGAACAAGCUGAGCCAACUUUUGAAUGUGGCCAAACGUGAUGGCCAUCAGGAGCAUGUUGUACAGGGACCUGAACCGGAAGCUACAAUUAGUAUCCAAUCAAAGUUGGUCAAAGAUGAACGUAAAGUAAAGGUAGACGAAUCUAAGCUGGCCCGAGAUGCACCUAAAGUGAAGUCAAGCGAAUCAAAUCUGGCCGAAGAUGUACCUAAAGUUAAGGCAGACAAAUCAAAGCUGGCCGAAAAUGUAACUAAAGUUAAGGCAGACAAAUCAAAGCUGGCUAAAGAUUUACUUAAAGUAAAGACAGACAAACCAAAGCCGGCCGAAGAUGUACCUAAAAUUAAGGAAGACAAACCAAAGCCGGCCAAAGAUGUACCUAAAGUUAAGGCAGACAAGCCAAAGCCGGCCGAAGAUGUACCUAAAGUUAAGGCAGACAAACCAAAGCCGGCCAAAGAUGUACCUAAAGUUAAGGCAGACAUACCAAAGCCGGCCGAAGAUGUACCUAAAGUUAAGGCAGACAAACCAAAGCCGGCCAAAGAUGUACCUAAAGUUAAGGCAGACAAACCAAAGCCGGCCAAAGAUGUACCUAAAGUUAAGACAAACAAACCAAAGCCGGCCGAAGAUGUACCUAAAGUUAAGGCAGACAAACCAAAGCCGGCCGAAGAUGUACCUAAAGUUAAGGCAGACAAACCAAUGCCGGCCAAAGAUGUACCUAAAGUUAAGGCAGACACAUCAAAGCCGGCCAAAGAUGUACCUAAAGUUAAGGCAGACAAACCAAAGCCGGCCGAAGAUCCGGCCGAAGAUGUACCUAAAGUUAAGGCAGACAAACCAAAGCCGGCCAAAGAUGUACCUAAAGUUAAGGCAGACAUACCAACGCCGGCCGAAGAUGAACCUAAAGUUAAUGCAGACAAACCAAAGCCGGCCAAAGAUGUACCUAAAGUUAAGGCAGACAAACCAAAGCCGGCCAAAGAUGUACCUAAUGUUAAGACAAACAAACCAAAGCCGGCCGAAGAUGUCCCUAAAGUUAAGGCAGACCAACCAAAGCCGGCGGAAGAUGUACCUAAAGUUAAAACAGACAAACCAAAGCCGGCCAAAGAUGUACCUAAAGUUAAGGCAGACAAACCAAAAUGUACCUAA